ACAGGCCUGAUGUUGAGGAGCCUGCUCCUUGUCUCCAUGUGUGUUGGGGCAGCAGCCAUGUUUAGCAGCCAACAGCUGGACGACCACUGGGACCUGUGGAAGAAGACGCACAGCAAGACAUACCAGGAUGAGGUGGAGAAUACACACCGCAGGGGAUUGUGGGAGAAGAACCUGAUGCUCAUCACCAAGCACAACCUGGAGGCCUCCAUGGGGCUUCACUCCUAUGAACUGGGCAUGAACUUCAUGGGAGACAUGACGCCAGAGGAGAUCCAGCAAUCCUUCGCCAUGCUCACUCCUCCCACUAACCUUAAGAGGGGGCCAUCUCCUCGUCUUAUGGGUGCUGAUGUACCAGACACCAUGGACUGGAGGGAGAAGGGUUGUGUCACCAGCGUGAAGAUGCAGGGAUCUUGUGGUUCCUGCUGGGCCUUCAGUGCUGCCGGUGCCCUGGAGGGUCAGUUGGCCAAAACAACAGGGAAGCUGGUAGACCUCAGCCCCCAAAACCUGGUGGACUGUUCAAGCAAAUACGGCAACAAAGGCUGCAACGGUGGCUUCAUGCACCAAGCCUUCCAGUACGUCAUCGACAACCAGGGCAUCGACUCUGACGCUUCAUACCCUUACACAGGACAUCAAGGACAGUGCCGCUACAACUCCAUGUAUCGCGCUGCAAACUGCUCCAAAUACAGCUUCCUUACUGAGGGGGACGAGGGGGCUCUGAAAAUUGGACUUGGCACCAUCGGACCCAUUUCAGUGGCGAUUGACGCGACACGGCCCAGAUUUACUUUCUACAGGAGUGGAGUGUACAAUGACCCGACCUGCACUCAGAGGGUGAACCAUGGUGUGUUAGCUGUUGGCUACGGUACACUGGACGGACAAGACUACUGGCUGGUGAAGAACAGCUGGGGAGCCACUUUUGGAGACCAAGGCUUCAUCCGGAUGGCACGCAACAAGAACAACCAGUGUGGCAUCGCUCUGUACCCCUGCUACCCCAUCAUGUAGCUGCAGAGGAAACCAAACUGAAUCUAUGCAAACUUAAGUUUCCUUCUAUGUUUAAUGUAUACCUUUUCCGUAUAUUGCUAUUAUUUUUUGCUACAGAUAUCAAAAAGUCUUUUAAUACUAAGGUUUGUUUGUUUUGUAUAUUGCGGAGAGGAGUAAAAGUUAUUUCUAUUCACAUGUGAUCACUGAUCCGCUUUAUGUUGUAAGACUGUAUUUGUUUGUGUCUUGCUGUCUGUAUGUGAACUCGAAUCUGUUUGUUUGAAUCUAUAAUAAAGAUUUUAAGAAGAAA